CUUAGUCCAUGUUAGUCAUCUGUCAAAAUUCUGUUAAAGUUCUAUUUUUAGGUUAUUUUCAGUCCGGAAAAAUAAACAAAAUAUUAAAACAAAUCCCAAUAUGACAACAUUAAGACCUUUUACUUGUGAUGAUAUGUAUAAAUUCAAUAACGUAAAUCUUGAUCCCCUAACAGAAACUUAUGGAAUAUCUUUUUACAUGCAGUAUUUAGCACAUUGGCCAGAGUAUUUUCAAGUAGCGGAGUCCCCAAGUGGAGAAAUCAUGGGAUACAUUAUGGGAAAAGCAGAAGGUAUAGGUGAAAAUUGGCAUGGUCACGUUACAGCAUUGACUGUAUCACCGGAUUUCCGGAGAUUGGGAUUGGCUGCAACACUUAUGAGUUUCUUAGAGGACAUUUCAGAAAAAAAGCGAGCAUAUUUUGUGGAUCUGUUUGUUAGAGUUAGUAAUAAGGUUGCUAUUAAUAUGUAUAAGAACUUAGGCUAUAUAGUAUAUCGGACCGUUCUGGAAUAUUACUCUGGCGAUCCCGAUGAAGAUGCAUAUGAUAUGAGAAAGGCAUGUUCCCGAGAUAUUAAUCAAAGAUCUGUGAUACCACUUACACACCCUGUUAGACCGGAAGACGUGGACUAAAAAGUUUUCAGUUAUGAAGACAAUUUUUAUACUUUUAUGUAACAUUUUUGUUACAGCAAAUAUAUAUUUCAGAUUUCAUCAAUUUAUUACAAUCAGAAUACCUAAGUCUUGUAUAUGAAGAUUGAAGAAUAUUAAAGUGAAUCAAUAAGUUUAAU